AUGAUGAUGAUGCGAACGGUCUCUCUACCAUUGUCUCAUGAUCUCAAUGUUCAUAAAAUCCACGAAGCUUCUGGAUACCAUAAUAGUGUUGCUUGUAGAAAUCGGGUGUAUCUGACACGAACAGCUUUUUCAUCAUGUGCCACGAGACAAGAUGUAUGGAGUCUUCAGCUUCUGGAGAGCUUGAGUGGUUCAGUAGCCCCUGUAUCAUCUAGGUGUAAUGCUUUUGUUUGCCGAGCAGCUCUCUUUCCAGGGAAUGGAAAUGAAGGCCCCAUUCUAAAAUCUACGGCAGUAAUAUUCACAAGGGCAUGUGAUGCUUUACGUGGAAAUCUUCAUCUAAUGAAGCUAAUCCCAGCAUUUGGGAUUCUUGCAUUUGCUACAUGGGGUCUUAGACCACUGCUGGGCCUUUCCAGAGGCACCUUGUUUGAGAAGGGGAAUGAUGCAAAUUCACACAAGCGCACCACACAAUACAUUGUUGUGUCAUAUCUUCAACCUUUGUUGCUUUGGAGUGGAGCACUACUUUUAUGCAGAGCAUUGGACCCAAUUGUAUUGUCUUCAAGUGCCAGCCAGGCUAUUAAACAACGCCUUCUUAGCUUUGCUCGGUCCAUAUCAACGGUGUUGGCAUUUGUCUGCUGUUUGUCAAGCCUACUUCAGCAGGCGCAGAAAUAUUUUAUGGAGACAAAUAAUCCUGCUGAUACCAGAAAUAUGGGUUUCAGUUUUGCUGGAAAAGCUGUUUACACUGCUGCGUGGGUAGCUGCUGCUUCAUUGUUUAUGGAGCUGUUGGGUUUCUCUACCCAAAAGUGGUUAACAGCUGGGGGUCUGGGGACAGUACUGCUCACUCUAGCUGGUCGUGAGAUACUUACAAACUUUCUAUCAAGCAUUAUGAUUCAUGCUACACGACCCUUUGUUCUGAAUGAGUGGAUCCAGACCAAGAUAGGAGGCUAUGAAGUUUCUGGCACUGUAGAGCACGUCGGUUGGUGGUCACCUACAAUCAUCAGAGGUGAUGACCGUGAAGCUGUUCAUAUUCCUAACCACCAGUUCAGUGUAAAUAUCGUGAGGAAUCUGACUCAGAAGACACAUUGGCGGAUCAAAACACAUCUUGCAAUCAGUCAUCUUGAUGUCAGCAAAAUUAAUAAUAUUGUGGCUGAUAUGCGCAAGGUUUUGUCCAAAAAUCCUCAAAUCGAGCAGCAAAAAAUACACAGAAGAGUCUUUUUGGAGGCUAUAGAUCCAGAAAACCAAGCCCUUAGGAUCCUGAUAUCCUGUUUUGUAAAGACUUCACGUUUUGAAGAAUACCUUUGUGUUAAGGAAGCAGUACUCCUUGAUCUUCUUAGAGUUAUUAGUCAUCAUGGAGCACGACUAGCAACUCCCAUUCGCACAGUUCAGAGAAUGCGUAAUGAGGCAGAAGUGGACAGUGCAGCAUUUUCAGACAUUGUUUUCAAUCAAGCAGCUAUGAACCGUCGAUUCAUGCUGAUUGAGCCGUCCUACAAAAUCAGUAGUGACGACAACGCAAAGUCCUCACCUAACUCAGUGCAGAAAAGUGAAGAAAGUGACUCUGAAGGAGAACCAUCAGAAUCCAAGGCUGAAGCAGAAAACAACGGAUCAGUUUUGGUUUCAAACAGCAAAAAGGAGAAACAGAAAGCGGCUCUUGGUUCUAACUCCAGUACAGGAACUAAGGGUUCACCAACAUCAACAUCAGACGAGCCAGUAGAACAGAAGUCAGAAGAAAAGAAGAAAGAUGCGGAUAAAGUAGAGAAGGAUGAAGUUUCUGAUGGUGAAGGUGCAACAGAGCAGACAUUGAAACCAAAAGCAAGGCAGGGGACCGAAAAGAGCAGCGGAGAUCCAAAAGCUCGAGAUGGUGGUGGGUCAGGUACUAGUUCAUCGUUAGAGGAGAAUAUUGUUCUUGGUGUUGCGUUGGAUGGCUCAAAACGUACACUCCCCAUUGAUGAAGAACUCGAGGCAUCUGGUGCGUUAAUGGAGUCUGAAGAACUUGGUAUUGGAUCAGAGUGA